AUGCUUUUUACUUCUUAUACAACCCAAUUGGAUGUUCCUGAAGUAAAGAAUUUCAAACUAACAGGUGUGUAUUUCACUGCAAUUUCAAAGAAAAAACUUCCCUUUUCCUCACAAAUCACGAUACCCCUUUUCUUUUUUUUAGGAAAAAGGAGAAUAAUUUUGUGUAAUAUGGGUUGGCUUACCAAGUUUCUCAAUGGCUCUAAUCAUAGAAUUUUGCGAGGUCAAUACAAUGGCAAACAUGGUGAUGAUAGAAUUUGGGAUAAUCAACAUAGUUCAGUGGAUGAUUUGACAGAUGUCGAGAAAGAAGAUAUCGACCGCGCUAUUGCACUUUCUCUAUCAGAGGAGGAUCUGAAAGGGAAGAAAGUUCUUGAGGAUGACUCUCGGUCAGAAGAAGACGAACAACUUUGUGAAAUUGAUGAGCAAGAUGAGAAUGUUGGUAAAGUUCGACGAAAUGAAGAUGAACUGCUAGCUAGAAUUCAGCAGGAUGAAAAUGAACGCCGUGCCAAAGACCAACUUGAGGAAGAUGAGGAACUUGCUAAGGCAAUUCAAUUGAGUUUGAGCGUUGGUUCUCCUCCUCGGCAUGGCAAUGAUUCUUUACCUCAACCUCCUCCCCACCUCUUUCCACCUGGAUUUAGAAUCUGUGCUGGAUGCAAUGCUGAGAUUGGUCAUGGGAGAUUUUUAAGUUGCAUGGGAGGUGUCUGGCAUCCACAAUGCUUCUGCUGCCAUACUUGCCAUCUUCCAAUCACUGAUUAUGAGUUUUCGAUGAAUAGCAACCGUCCGUACCAUAAAUCCUGCUACAAGGAGAAGCAUCAUCCAAGAUGCGAUGUUUGCAAGAAUUUUAUCCCGGCUAAUUCAGCUGGCCUCAUUGAGUAUAGAGCUCACCCGUUCUGGAUACAAAAAUACUGUCCAACACAUGAGCUCGACGGCACUCCUCGUUGUUGUAGCUGCGAAAGAAUGGAGCCAAAGGAUUCAAAAUAUAUUUUGCUUGAUGAUGGACGAAAGCUAUGUCUCGAGUGUCUUGACUCAGCAAUAAUGGAUAGUCAUGAAUGCCAACCUCUCUACCUUGAAAUACUAGAAUUUUAUGAAGGUUUAAAUAUGAAAUUAGAGCAGCAAGUUCCUAUGCUUUUGGUCGAGAGACAAGCACUGAAUGAGGCCAUGGAGGGAGAAAAGAAUGGUCAUCACCAUUUACCUGAAACUAGAGGACUGUGCUUGUCAGAAGAGCAAACUGUCACCACCAUUUUAAAAAGACCAAAGAUUGGGGCAGGACACCGAGUCACGGACAUGAUAACUGAGCCUUAUAGACUGACCCGUCGAUGUGAAGUGACAGCCGUUCUUGUUUUGUAUGGCCUUCCUAGGUUGUUGACAGGAUCAAUCCUAGCUCAUGAGAUAAUGCAUGCAUGGCUCAGGCUUAAAGGUUAUCCAAACCUGAGUCCAGAAGUUGAAGAGGGAAUCUGCCAAGUCUUGGCUCACAUGUGGUUAGAAUCAGAGCUCUACUCUGGAUCUGGGAAUAACAAUGCACCAUCUUCGUCUUCGUCUUCAUCAUCAUCAAUGCCACCGUCCUCUGCUGCAUCGUCAAAGAAGGGUAAACGGUCUGAUUUCGAGAAGAAACUUGGCGAGUUUUUCAAACACCAGAUUGAGUCCGAUACCUCGUCAGCCUAUGGAGACGGAUUCAGAUUGGGUAACAAGGCAGUACUUAAGUAUGGUCUCAAAAGUACCCUUGAUCAUAUCCAUUUGACCGAAACUUUUCCGUGUUGA